AUGGCUAGAGAGGAUGGCAGAAACGGCUGGCUGGAGGGAGAAGGACGAGAGCUUCAUCGUUCAAGCUCUGGUUAUGGUGCAGGUCGGAUUGCUCAGGGAAGGAACACGGUGAGGCUUGGAGGAGUUUUGAAGGAAGGAGAUGGGAAUUGCAGUGGAGGAAUUGGGAAGGAAGAGGCUCGGAUUGCUCAUGGAAGGAUUAAGGUGAUGAUUAAUGGAGGUGAUGUGAAAAUGGAUUUUUAUCAUAAGGAAGGAGAUGCAGAGCCUGUAGUGCGUGAUGCGGAUAUCAAUGGCGGUGGUUUUUCGGGAUCCGCUCUUAAACGGUACGUCUUUUUUUACUUUAUAAAUUUCCCAGCACAAAUGUCGAAUUUUUAUCUGAGAAAGGGCUUCGAAGUAUGUGGUGUGCUGGAGGAUGUGUUUGUCGCGAAAAAAAGAAUUAGAUAUGGUCAACCUUAUGGAUUUGUCAAAUUUUCCAAUGUUAAAAAUGUAUCAAAAUUGAUGAAUGCCCUCAACAAUGUCUGGUUUGGUUACUUUCGCGUCAAAGCUAGUGUAGCCUUGUUCGAUCGCAAUGCUCCGGAAUUGGGAAGGAAUCAGGAGAAGCAUAAGGAUGGUCUGGAAAAAGGCGAUAAGGUGCAGCAGCCGAAAGCAGGGAAGCAAAGCUCGAUGAGGCAUGCUGCACCCAAAGGAAGCGUAAACGGCUUGAAGACGCCGAGACAAAAUUCUAACUGUGCUGGAGCUGUAGUUUCAAGGGCGGAAAAGGAAGGUAUUGAUCCCCCGGAAGGUAUGCAGGUGGGGGACAUAGUUAUCAAGUUAGGGGCUAGGAAGGAGGAUUUAGUCCAAAAGGCUGAUACAACAAAGGAGGUAGCGAGGACUUCGUUCAAGUUAGAACAGCCAGUUGAUGUUGUAAAGAAGCGUCAAGUCUUGAUGCGAAGUUAUCAUUCUAAACCUGACGAUUCUAAGUGGGCUAUCAAUGGGGUAGUGGCUACAAUUUCCAACGGAGAGGCGAUUCAUGUGGUCCAGAACAGGAUUAUGGAUGCGGGCUUUAGUGAUCUGGUUCUCAUUCCUAUGGGUGCCGAUAAGGUUUUUGUUCGUAGCUCAGAUAAUAUCGACGCUAAGUCCAUGAUCAAUAAUGCUAAGAAUUUUUUUAAACUUGUUUUUUCGAGUUGGACAACAUGGGAUAAGGAGACUUCACCCUAUCGGAGAGGGGCCUGGGUGCGUUUGUAUGGUGUUCCCCUUCAUGCUUGGAACGAGCAAUUUUUUCAGUUGUGUGUUUUUGAAUGUGGAGGGUUUCUUCGCACGGAUUCUUGUUCCGCUGAAAAGAAUCGACUUGACUUCGCACGGGUUCUGAUCGCUACACCCGAACUUGACAUAAUCAAAAGAAGUGUGACAGUCUUGGUAGAUGGUACUCAAGUAGAGAUCAAGAUUGUGGAGGAGUGGGGGUAUGCUAUGGGAGAGGAUGCUUGCCUCUUUGAAGAUGAGAGUGAGGCAGAAUCAUCUUGUGGUGAAGGUCAAGAGGAUCCGGAGGUCCUUCGCAAUGUUGACGAACUAGUUAACCAAUUUAAGGAAGGACUUGCGGAGGAGGAUCUUAAUGUUUCUCAAGGUAAGCAGGGGGAAGAGUCUUCAGAUAAGAUUGAAGCUAUUCCAGGUUCCAAGGGAGUUGGGACAAAUUCAGGUUUAAGGAUGGAUCCUCAGGAAGUGUUAGGAACUCAAGCUGGUCAGGCAGAGGUGUAUUCCUCUUCGGGGAAAGCUUCGGAUCAUCCUUUUUGUCGGCCCCUUCUUAGUAAGCGCACUAAUUCUUGUCCUCCGGAGGUGAGGCGAUCCGUAUUAUCAGGGCCUUGGAGUUUGGAGUGGUUACAGGAUCAGAAUUUCGGGGAUGCGGGAGUCAUUUUUUCAGCAAGUAAGAAAAAUAGAAAGGAGAGUCCUCACGGAUCGAGCCUCAAGCGAAAAGUGGAUCAAGAUCCGAGGAGGCGGAAAGCAGGAGGUGUGCUUCGUCAUCCAGUCCAUAGCCUCAAAAAAGUGGCUAGGCUGCCAAGUAAGGAGCGCUGUGAGGUGUUAAAGGCUUUAAAGAAGAAGGUUCGUCGGCGUAGGGGCGGAGAUGGGCUUAAUCGCUCCUGUUCUAUGAGUUGUCAUGUUCCCUCUGGAGAUACAGUUUCGUCAGGUUCUGUAAACAACGAUUGGACAAAUUGGGUGGCUGUUCAUGGUAAUGACCAGAUGGCGGUGGAUGAUGUGUGGGGGAUUGGGAAAGCUAUCGGGGUCAAGUUCAAGGGAGACAAUGUGAAUAUGUUCAAUAUUCUUUCGAGGGUGAGUAAGGGCAAGAGGGCGGUUUCAGGGAUGAAGGCCGAAGCGGGGGGGUCAAGGAAGGAUAACGGGUGCUAG